GCCGCCGCCAGAGGUCAGAGCGACUUGUUUUGACUCGGAGGAAAAAUCAAUAAUUAAUUCCUCAUUUCAGCGCCUCCUUAUCUCUCUCUCUUUCUCUCUCGUUCUUCUUCGUUUCUCUGGUGAUUGUGGCAAGGGAAUUUGAACCUCGAAUUUGAGCCUUGAAUUUGAGCCUCAGAUUUGAGCCUCGGAUUUGAACCUCGGAGACGCCAUGGCUACUCUGGAGGACCGCAUCCUCGGGGAGAAGCUCGAGUACUAUUGCAGCAGUUCGGAAGACGAGAGCGAAGAUGAGAACGAGGAGUCGGGGUCGCCAUCAGCUGUCAAGGAUGCCAGCCUUGAGCCACCCCCCGAGGCGGAGCUGCGGAGCUGGGAGGGAUCUUCCACGAAUACUGGGCCCAAAGGUGUGCUGAAAGAUUGGCAGCGUUUCAAACAGUUGGAGACGGAAAAGCGCAAAGAGCAAGAAAGGGAGCGCAUUGAGCUUGCAAAGAAGCUGGCAAUGAGCUGCAGAUCACAUCUCGACGAGGAAAAGGACAAGGAAAAGCAGAAUGAGGAGGAGGAGGACGUGGACCGCCUGAUUGACGAAGAGUUCCUGCGGCAGUACAUCUCCAAGAGGAUGGAGGAGAUGAUGGCCACAACAUCCACAAAGGCCCAGUUCGGCACGCUGAUUGCACUCGACAAUGGAGACUCGUUCCUCGAUGCCAUUGACAAAGAGGACAAGGAGGUCACAAUAAUUGUUCACAUAUAUGAGGAAGAAGCUGCAGGAUGUGAGGCCAUGAAUGGUUGCCUGGCUUGCUUGGCCCUGGAGUAUCCACAUGUCAAAUUCUGCAGAUUACACGCAACAGCGGCAGGUGUCAGCAGUCGCUUUAAAGUGACAGGUCUACCAGCACUGCUGAUCUACAAAAGUGGACAGAUGGUGGGCAACUUUGUCCGUCUCACAGAUGAAUUUGGUGAAGACUUUUAUGCAACUGAUGUGGAAUCAUUCCUUAUAGAACAUGGAAUGCUCAUUGACAAGACCCUGAUCCCUCCUGGAGUCACCAUCAAGGGACCCUCCAUCAUGAAAGAGGAUGAAGACAGUGACUUCAGUUUGGAGGACUAACCCCCACACCCUUUCCUAGGGGCGUAUGGUUAAGUUCCUCCCUCACCUCCUCUCCUCCGCUCUCGUCUUCCUCGGCAGUAUACGCCCUCGAUGCCAGUCUCAGCCACAGCCGUAGGAGGGUUCUCUGUCCUGUACAUUAGGGUUUUGUCAUUCUCUUGACUUGGGUCACAAUGAAAAUUUGUGUUGGUUAUCAAUUACGAUUUUGUUGAUGUCUUUCUCUUUUGUGUUUGUGGAAGAAAGGUAUAAUUGAAGAGUGACUGAAGACCCACAGUUCAAAUAUAACUUUGUGUUAGCAAAGUGAUUUAUCUUAAAUAUAUAUAUCUUUAUCUAUAUCUCUGUGUCUAUUGAUCACUAGCUAUCUGUCUCUCUGUAUAUCUAUAUAGAUAGAUAUAGGUACUUUUUCUUCUACUUCCUCUUCUUCAUGAUCAUCAUCAUAUCCAUUUCAUUAUUCCAAGUUAAAUUCCUUGUGAUUACUCAGAAACAUAGGAAUGUGCCAUUGUAUUUUACCACUGACACCAUUGCAAAGAUCUCAUAUAUAUACUCUUUAAAGAUACACUAGUAAUUUCAAACCAUGAGGUAAGGCUGUGUAAAAAAAAAAUGUUGCUCCUGUUCAAAAUAUGUGAAUUACCAAAAUCUUUCAAAAGACUGUGCGUAGUGUAAGGAAAUUAGAGAGGCCAUAGUGUAUAUUGAUUUAAUGGCAUUUAUUUGAAGACAGACCUGAUGUGUUGUUGAUCCUGUGCAUGGUCUGAUUAUGUGCUGAGAAUAUACCAGGUUUCUCACUGUCUUAUUUAAAAAGGCAUUCCUGAAUCUCUCUUCUAUGUCCUCACCUGUAAAAGUGACAUCACCGAUAGUUCUUUGCAAUCAAGUCUUGUUUUUUCUCCCUUUUUAGAUUGUUCUCCAAGACCCUAUGUGCCACUUUUUAAUUACUUGAGUUUAUAUAGUAAUAAUGUUCAACAUAAUGUGGUACAAUACGCAUAUGUAAUGUAUGUAAAACUAACAAGAAGUAUUUUGUAAUGAUAUAUGCAAUACAAACUAAAUGUUAU